GUACAUUCUAAAAAACGAUUUGCACAACAGCGAAGCAUCAAAGAUGGCGGGAGCCCCAGACCCGCUGGAGGACAUGCUGUCCACCGAGGUGGACGAGAAGGCGGUCAGCGACCUGGUGGGCUCCCUGGAGUCCCAGCUGGGCGACAGAACCCUCCCCGCGGCUUCUGAUCCGGACGGGAAGCGGGACGUAGCGGCGGUCGGCCGCCUCUCAGGGAAAGCGGGGUCUUCGGAGCCUCAACAAGGGCACCAAACCGCGGGGUCGACCCGGGAACCGGGCGCCAACCAGCCUCUGUCCGGGCAAACCGUUCCCUCCUCUGUUACCGCCGGGGCAAUAAGAAACACCGGAACCGGUUUGCAAGCGGUAGGAUCGCCCUCUUUGACCGCUUUACCCGUACCGGUAACUCUGGGCAGCCAGCCCGCUGCUAGCUUCCCCCGGGCUGCUGUCCUGGCUCCCAGCCCGGUGGAGGCGAUCCGGACCUCUUCCCCCAGCUUACAGCCCUUGAACGGCAGCACCGGAGCCGGGAAAGUGGAGGGCUCACCCGGUGCCCCUCCACCCGGCGCGACCCUGGCUUCACAACCCGGACUCCCUGCCCCUCAAUCCCCGGUGGGCUCCCCUGCUGUGACCCUACAGGGGCUCCCCAGCCCCGUGAUCAGCACCGCCCAGAACGGUUUGGACCCGAAGGGUUCAGCCUCCCUAUCAGCCGCUCAGGUCCUGAACCACAACAACCCUCUAAUGCACACCAAGAUGCUGGUGACCAGCACCCCAGCUCCUCCUGCAGCCCAGGCCUCCAUCAUCCAGACCCAGACCGGAUCCAGCACACCGCUCGCAGCAGCCAAGCCUGCCCUCAACGGGUUGGCUCAGACCGUGGUGAGGCCGCCCGGUGCUGCUGUUGGGGCGGCCACCUCCAUCCAGCCGCAGAGACCCCAGUUGGUGACCGCCACAACCCGGCCGGCUGCCCCGCAGACCGCCCUGGCUGUCCGGCCUCAGCAGCAGACAACCAUCCAGCUGCCGCCCGGCUUCACCAUCCCUCCAGGUAUGGUUCUGGUCCGGACCGAGACGGGUCAGCUGGUCUUGGUUCCUCAGCAGGCUCUGGCCCAGGCUCAGGCCAAGCUGCAGCAGAGUCAGACGGUGGUCACUCAGAGACCCGCAACACCACUGGCGACAUCGACUAUCCGGGUCAGCACCGCCACCACGGCGCCUGGAGCCCCCCAGGCGGUCCGGCUGGCUGCACCCGCUCCCACCAGAAUAGUCCAGUCUCCUUCCACCACCUCUGUUCAGCCCCUCGCAGUUCCUGCUGCCGUGAAGAUGCCGCCGCCUCAGAAAACCUCCACGGUGAUCACGGCAGGGGUGACGCCCACCGCCAAGCCCACACCGCUACCCGGCAGCGGCGCCACGCCCCCUCCCGCUGCCCCGCCUGGCGCCAGGGUCACUGUGGUGUCGCAGGAAAUGCAGGAAAACGUGAAGAAAUGCAAGAACUUCUUGUCUACGCUCAUCAAGCUGGCGUCACAUAACUCCCCAGCUCCCGAAACGUCCAAGAACGUGAAGACCCUCGUUCAGGACCUGCUUGACGCAAAGAUCGAACCCGAGGAGUUCACGUCUCGGCUGCAGGCUGAGCUGAAGUCCUCCCCACAGCCCUACCUCAUCCCCUUCCUCAAGAAAAGCCUCCCUGCUCUGCGUCAGACUCUGCUCAACAGCCAGCAGUCUCUGACUACAGCUCCGCCCACCACCUCUGCUCCGCCUCCAGUCGCCCCCGGCUCCCUCACCGCAGCAGCCAUCAGGCCGCGGCUGCCCGUCAACGCCACGGGAACCACGGUCCGCCUGACUCCACCCAUCACAAACACGGCUGUGGGCAGAGCUACAGUCCAGACCAUCCAGACCCGUUCUCCUGUGGUCCUCAGUCAGCAAAUCAGACAUCCAGCCACACUCUUACGGGGUCCCACCACCAUGGCAGGUAAAGCUCCUGUCCACCUGGCAGCUCAGGCCAAUCAGAAGAAACCGACCGACCCCGGGGGCGGGACCUUCAGAGACGACGACGACAUCAACGAUGUGGCUUCCAUGGCUGGGGUCAACCUUAACGAGGAAAACGCCCGUAUCCUAGCAACCAGCUCAGAGAUUGUCGGCACCAAGAUUCGAUCCUGUAAAGACGAAUCAUUUCUGCCGCCGGGCCUUCUGCACCGCCGCAUUCUGGACUCGGCCAAGAAGCUGGGUGUGACGGAGGUGCCUCUGGAGGUGGUGAACCUCAUCUCACACGCCACCGAAUCCAGACUGCGCUCGCUGCUGGAAAAGGCCUCUGUGAUCGCUCAGCACCGCACAGACGGCGCAAAGGAUGAAGGAAACCUCACCUAUGAGCAGUCGUCGGACGUUCGCUCCCAGCUGCGGUUCUUCGAGGCGCUGGAGCGGAUGGAGAAGCAGCGGAAAGACGAGCAGGAGCGCGAGAUGCUGCUGAAGGCCGCCAAGAGUCGGGCCCGGCAGGAGGAUCCGGAGCAGGCUCGGCUGAAGCAGAAGGCUAAAGAGAUGCAGCAGCAGGAACUGGCUCAGAUGCGACAGCGAGACGCCAACCUCACGGCGCUUGCCGCCAUCGGGCCGAGAAAGAAACGCAAGUUAGACUCAGGAGGCGGUGCUUCAGCAAGCAGUGAGGUGACGUCGGGAUCCGGUUCCGGCUCCUCUGCCUCCUCAUCCCGGCAGCAGCUCCGGCAGCGGAUCACUCGGGUCAACCUCAGGGACUUCAUCCUGUGUCUGGAGCAGGACCGCAGCACAGCCCGCUCCCUCAUGCUCUACAAGGCCCUCCUGAAGUGAUUGGCGCCCCCUGCUGGUCCUCCAGCAAUAGCAGACAGGAGCAGUCCGGUUACAGAGCGCUGCUGGAAAAGGAGAACUCCCAACCACCAGAACGGGUUCUGCAGAGGAGGGACGGAACUGUUAGAUUUGACCUGUUCAGAGACGUUUGACCCGUUUACUUCAGAACUGAACCAGAAUCAUGUAAGAACAUAUAGACGAAACGUUUUCUCACUCAGGGACAGUUUGGUUGUUUCAGAUAAACAUGCACUGCAAAAACACAAAAUUUUACCAAAUAUUUUUGGUCUACUUUCUAGUACAAAUAUUUUUGGCACACAUGAAACGAGACAAAACUUCCUCAAAAGUAAAUGUUUUCAAAAGAUAUAGGAGCUUGUUUAAAAUCAGUAACUUAUGAACCGGAAUAAAAAAGUUCUGCUUCUAUUGUCUUAUAGAAAGACAUUUUUCCUUUGUUAUAAAUUUAAAAAAUCUGACUGUGGUGUUAGUCAUUUUUAUCCAUAUGAAAGAAUUAUAUAAUUAAAACAAGCUCCUAUAUUUUGCUGAAAAGUUACUUGUAAGUUAUUGUUUUUUUCUUAUAUAAGUGUACUAGCAUAUUUUCACUAAAAUCUAAAAGAAAAAAUACAGAGGAGUAUUAGGGAACAUUUAGAAAAUAAAAUUGAAAAAUAUUAUGAGAAUAAAGUUGUAAUAUUAUAAUUUUAUUCUCAUAAUAUAAAUAUAUUUUUUCUUGGUAUGGCCCUAUGAAAAAAUAUUUGUACCAGGUAAGAAAAUUAUAAAAAUUAUGAAAAUAAUUUUUUACUUUACAUAUUUUCGGGCCAUACAUAAAAAGUAGAAUAAAGUUAUGUUAUGGCUAUUCUUGAAAUAUUAACUAUUAUUUUAUUAUUAUUGCUUGUUUUGUAAUUUUAUUGUUUUUCUUGGUAUGGCCUAUGCAUAUCAGAGCCAGGCUAAAAAAAUAUGAGAAUAAAGCCAUAUCAUGAAUUUAUCCCAGAAAUAUCGACUUUAUUCUCUUUAUUUUUGACUUUAUUCCCAUAUUACUUUGACUGUAUUUUCUUAACACUUUAACUGUCACCCCAAAUACUGUCACAUGCAGGUCAAUGGGUCAAUGGUGACACCGGCAUCCUCAUGGCAGUAAAAGGGUUAAUAUGGCCCUAAAACUCUUGUAAAAAAAAAUACUUGGUAAGAUUUGGUGUUUUUGCAGUGUGAUUGAUCCUCAUUGAUCAAUUAGAAAAUCAAUAGUGAGCCUCAUUCAUGUUAUUUGAACUCCAGAACCAGUUCUGGACUGAAACUCCCCAAGGGGUGCAGCAGAACCAGGUGAGAAACGAGGUAGGUGUGCGGUAGAACAGGUGGAACGCUCCUUUAACUGCAGCGGCUUUAACUGAAACUUCCCGCCAUGUUGGACCGUGAGCUGCUCUCUGAUUGGCUGCCGGCUUGGCCACGCCCCCUCCAGACUCCAGCGCUGUACCUGAACAGGUGCCUUCUGACUGCUCGCCAUGUUUUAAAUGUUCCCAACGGUCGGCUCGGUUAGAGGACGCUGUUGAGUGUGUGUGUCUGCGUUUUUGUGUGUGUGUGUGAGAGAGAGAGCCGCAGAUGGUUUAAAGGAACAGUUCAACAAUUCAGGAACUGAUGGAGGCCAGUCGGCUGGUGUUGGAAAGUUCCCCUGCAGGGAGCUGGUUCUCCGACACACAGGAACUCUCAGGUUCUGAAGGUCCGACAUUCCUCCUCCUCCCGGCAGACUGAGCUGAACCUGGACUCUGGAAAAUUCUCGAUGAUGGAGCGCACUUGGACUUUUUAAGCUUUAACAGCUUUUAGUUUGGAUCCAGCUCCUGAGCUUCAGGACUUAUUUAUAUUUCCUACAUUCAGCCUGAUGCAGUUUUACACCGUUUGUACCUUUGUUACAAAAUGAAAUAAAGGAAGAAGAAACUC